GGCAAACACAAAACUUGUGAUAAUAUGUGAAUAAAAACACAUUUCAUUUAAAGGGACAACACUUUAGUCUCUAAUCAAUUCAUAUAAAUAUCAUUUAAAUCUCAUUUAAUCCCAUAUUUUAAGCCCAAAUCAUUUGUAACACAAUUUUAAUUAACAAUUUAUUUAUAGCUUUUUUAUUUCGAUAAUAAUUUUUAGAUAAUUUUUAUAAUUUAUAAAAUAUUGUGAUUUUAAAGUAAUUAUUCAUAUUUUACACCAUUUUUGGACAAUAUGUACGCAAACAACGGCUCGUUUUGCUCGUCGCAGGACUUCCCGAAGAAUACCGUUUCUAGUCAUCCGUAUUAUCCGAAACAACAAGUGAUGGCCAACCCGUCGGUCACAUCCAAUGCCAUCACUAAUUAUCCCUACAUCUCAUACAACCCGAUGUCAGCGCAAACACCUCUUCAGUCCUUUCAAUUCAAUCCUUCCGUUCAACCCUUCAAUCCUGUCCUCACAUCAGCCGACUCUCGACCACAACCGACGGAUCUUUCGCCCUCUUCUUCUUCGGCGAGUUCUUUGAAUGCAAACACUUUUGAACGAAAAUGUGAUGUCGUUUGCAGUGAAAGCAAAUCCGAAGAACUGAAAGCAAUUAUGAGUUGUUUGGAAACAAUGAAACAAAAUAACGAUAGCUUUCAGAAGAAUAUAUUGAAUGAAUUGAAACAAAUGAAAGAAGUGAUGACAGGCUUGAAGACAGCCAUCCAUGAGCUGCCCAUCAGAUUCGCCGAUUCGUUGACCCAAUGCUUGGAUGUGUUAAACAGUCGUUCGGAUUGUCUUUCAGUGGACAGCGAGGCAGAGGUUGCGGACGUUUUCGACAAAAUCGAUAUCAAAGAAUGCAUUGAUUUGAGCGACAAAAGCGUCGAUUCCGUGGACCCGAAGAGCGCCGCGACUCUCCAGAAGUUCAUCUUUCCGUACGAUUCGGAACUAGAUAUGAAUAAAUGGCUUAAAAAGGAUUAA